AUGUUUGACCUGAUUCGCGACUCGACCGCUGGUCAGCUCAUCCGCUUCAUAUCUGGAAGGAGGGUCCUCCUGUACCCAGAUGAGAAGCCAGACUGGCAGUCGCCUGACCGCGCAGAACAGGACCUUUUAGUGGAUUGGUACGACGAGGACGAUGGGGAGAACCCACAAAACUGGUCUUUCCCUAAGAAGCUGAGCGUUGCAUUAUUGAUCAACUUGUACACGUUUGUGGUAUAUGGGGGAUCUUCCAUAUACGUUGCAAGCAUGGGGGGAGUCAUGGAAACUUUCAAUGUUUCGUAUACGGCUGCAUCUCUCGGGCUUGCUAUAUAUGUCUUGGGAUACGGCCUAGGGCCCUUAUUGUUUUCACCACUUAGUGAAAUCCCGUCCGUGGGCAGAAACCUUCCAUAUAUUGUGACCUUUGGUAUUUUUGUCAUCUUAUGUGCCCCCACUGCGACGGUGGAUAAUUUUGGGGGGCUCAUCGCUCUGCGAUUUCUCCAAGGCUACUUUGGAUCACCCUGCCUUGCUACUGGCGCAGCCUCCAUGGGCGAUAUGUUCUCGUUGGUCAAGCUGCCCAUUGCUAUCGCAUUUUGGUCAGUCUGCGCCGUAGCAGGCCCAGCGAUGGGACCUCUGCUAUCUGGGUACAGCGUGCCAGCUAUGGGUUGGAGAUGGUCCCUGUGGGAAAUGCUCUGGUCGAGCGGUCCUGUCUGGGUCGCCUUCUUCUUUCUCGUCCCGGAGACAUAUUCCGACACAAUACUCUUACGUCGUGCCGUACGCUUACGUCGCCUUACGGGAAAUAAACAACUCAAGUCACAGAGCGAAGUCAAGCAAGGAAACCCUGCAAUUACUUACACCGCGAUCUACACCAGUUUGGUCUACGGCAUUUACUAUUCAUUUUUCGAGGCUUUUCCACUCGUUUAUCCGGUUAUAUACGGGUUUAGCCUCGGAGAAAUGGGGCUCGUUUUCUUAUCGGUCCUAAUUGGAGUCAUCAUUUCUCUAGCCAUCUACUGUUUCUAUAUCUUAGCAAUUUGGGUUCCGACACUCAAAUCCAAGGGACCAAUUACUCCAGAGAUGUGUCUGAUUCCGGCGCUCUAUGCGUGUUUUAUUCCUCCUAUUGGGCUCUUUAUUUUCGGUUGGACGGCACGAUCGUCUAUUCAUUGGAUGGUUUCGGUAACAGGGAUUGCGAUAUACAAUAUUGGGAUGUUCAUGAUGAUGCAAUGUUUAUUCAUGUAUCUGGCAUUUACCUAUCCUCAGUAUGCCGCCUCCCUAUUUGCCGGCAAUGAUGCGGCUCGAUCUUUACUUGCAGCAGCAGCAGUACUCUUCGCACAUCCACUCUACAAAAAUCUCGGUAUCGGUCCAGGUAUAAGCAUUCUGGGUGCUGUUACAGUUGCCUUCAUUGGUGGAAUUUUCCCGCUUUACUUUUUCGGCGCAAAACUUAGAGCUCGAAGUAGGUUCGCGGUGAAAUGAGUCUUGACCUACAAGAACCUAUGUCAUGGCGUACUUCAACCCUACGCCAAAACCACAGCAAAAUGUCGAAAUAUUAAAAUUGUAAUAACAUAGUUAACUAAAAGCUGAAAUUAGCUAAAGGCUAGCUUGUAUUUUUAGUUUAGCAGAUAGGUUAUGAACUAAAGAGUAAAGUGUAUACUUUCAUUUUCUUAGUGUUACAGUCUCGACGGUGGAC